AUGGCGCCGCGCGGAGACGAGGCGCCGUACGAGGGCGACCCGUACGUCGGCCCCGCGGACCUGACGUGGAUGGUCCGACGACGCGCCGGCGUCGGCGGCGGCGAGGGCGGGAUAUGGCCUCCGCAAACGCGCGAGACGCGCGUCGCGCGCGCGGACGCGGACGCGAACGGAAACCCGCGCCCCACCGCGACGCAGGUCGCGGCGACGGUCAACUCCCCGGAGCGAUACGCGGCGUACGACGACAACGACGGGCCCGCGGACCUGGAGAAGAUGGUGCGACGGCGCGCGGGCGAGCACGGGGGCGAGGGCGGCAUCUGGCCCGCGCAAAAAAAGUGGACGCGAGGGAAGCCGUUCGAUCCGGAGGACAUACCUAUCGACCACGUCAUCCCCGCGCGCGCGAUGCGGCCGAUGGACCCGGGCGAGCUCGUGUCGAAAGCGGAGGAGCUCGUCUCGUCGUUCAACCCGGCGCGGAUGACGGUCGACGCGCACGCGGACGAGCAGAUUCUUCGGUGGAACGUCCGCGAGGCGAACGACGAAACCUUCCUGCGCCAAAUCUUUUACGGCUGCGUGCGGUACAAGCGCAUGAUCGACGUGCUCGUCACCGCGUUCUACCACGACAACGCGUCGUGCACGCUGCGCAGCGACAGAGACAUGUACUGCGUGUACGCGUACUUGGCGCUGCAGCGACUGGAAGAGCUCGGGUUCGGGCAGUACCGAAGGCUGAUCGACGCGAAAGACCCGCAAAAGAUGGUGACGUUCGUCAAAUACGUCUUCAACGCCAAAACCUUAAACGAACGCGUGAAGGACGAGUGGCUGAAGCUCUACGACGUCCCGUACGUCGCGAACAUGAUAGAGAGCGUGCUGCACUUCGCCGGGGACGCGGACGCGCUCGUGGAGCACAUGGAGGAGCGCGUCUUUUUCAUGAAAAAAGUAGACGACCACGGACGGUUCUCCGAGAACGAUUACGUCGACGCCGGGUCGGAGACGGCGCUGAUGUCGAACGCGCGGCUGACCGGUCGAAAGUCAUUCUCGAAGCGGACGACGAAGGUGGAGCCGUUCAAGUUCACCGAGGGGAAGCCGAAGCCGCUGCCGGUGAAGGAGACGAUCCCGCCCGCGCCGAAACCCAAACCGGUGCCGGCGUCGAACAAACCCAACCGCGGGCCCACCGCGGAGCAGAAGGCGCUCGCCAAGGCGCGCGAAGAAAACAAGCGACUCGCGGCGGAGAAACUCGCGCGCGCCGAGGCGUUCAAACUCCGAUGCCACGAGCGUCCGAUGAACAUAGACAAGGUGCGCGCGGAGGUGAUCGCGACGCGGGAGGCUCGACUCGCCGCCAACGCGGAGUUCGCGACGGCGCGACCGCUGCCCGCGUUUUACUCCAAGCUCGACGACGGCCCGGAGGUGCCGUUGAAGCAGACGGCGGCGAGCAUCUUGCGCGAGGACGCGUUGUAUAAGAAGAAGCAGACGGAGGAGGCGCGAAAUAUGGAGUCGUUCGAGAUGGGUCUGAGGGAUACGAGCGAGUACGACCGGUGGAAAGCGAAGGAGGACGCGAGGGACGCGGAGGAGAGGCGAGCGCUCGUCGAGGCGAGGAUCAAGGCGUCCGAGGAGGCGUUCGAUAAGGCGUUGAAGGCGAAGCGCGACGCGGCGGAGGCGAACGCGCGAAAGGUGGAGUCGCUGCGGCUCGAGGCGCUGGCGUUGGAGGAGAAGCGCGCGUCGGAGGCGCUUCGCGUGCGCGAGGAGAACGAGGCGAGGCGCGCGCAGGUGUUGGAGGAGCGGGAGCGGCGCGACGAGGCGAUCGCGAAGCUCAGGGAGGAGAAGCGAGUCAUGGGGGAGAAGCGCGCGUUGGAACGCGCCGAGGCGGCCAAGGCGGUGUCGCACCGAAAGCGCGCGGAGCUCGCGAGAAAGGCGGACCUCGCGCGACAGAUCAGAGCCCUGGAGCGGUGCCCGAAGAAAAACGUCAAGGACGCGGAGGCGGAGCGGAGCGGCGUCCACCCCGGAAACGUCCCGCUGUGGGAGGACAUGUCCAUCGCGGAGCUCAGAGAGCGGCUUGUUGCCGCGAAGAAGCGGAAGAAGGAGGAGGAGGAGGAGGCGCGUCGAGCCAUCGUCCGCGCGCGAAACGAAAAGAAGGAGAUGCUCAGCGAACGCCUCGGACACAUCCGCAAGGUGCGCGAGAUCGCCGAGACGAGCGCGACGCUGCGACGAGCGACGACGGCGGAGGAGAAGGCGCGGCGCGAGGCGGCGUUGAGGGAGAAGAACGAGGCGGACGCGGCGGCGUUGCGAGAGAAGCUCGCGCGGAGGAAGGCGCGCGCGGAGGCGGACGCGAUCGAAGCCGCCGCCGCGGGGAAAGCCGCCGCGUUCAAGGCGUUUCAGAUCGACGGCGCGAGCAAGGAGGUUUUGGAGGCGCGCAGGAAGCACGACGUGAAGAUGGGGUAUCUGCGGACGGAGCAGGCGCGGCGGGACAAGGCGCGCGAGGACGAGGUGAGACUUCAGACUGACUCUGACUCUGACCGCUUCCCGCGCGACCCCGUUGCGUUCGUUUCUUGA